AUGAAAUUAGCACCAGCAUCUCCAUUGUGGUACCAUCAUUGGAGUAAUGCCACAGUUCGGUUUGGAAUGAUGGGUGGUUGGCGCAAGACACAAGGCAGUGGACUGGAGAAUAUGCGAGUAUGUGCGCAUGUAUAUGUGUGUUCCAUCAGCAGUGUAUGUAUCAUGCGUUCCAAGGUGCAAGGGGCGGCUGUGGUGCGAUCUUGUAGUGAAUGCGGGAAAAUGAGCUCGAUGAACAAGACGAGUAUUCAACUCAUUCUGUUGGGGAGGUCUGGCCCAUCUGGCCCCAAGUCUGCAGUGAUAUUUAUUCAGGAAGUCAUGCUUACGAGCACUCCUCAGCGGAUGGGACAAUUUUGA